GGCUCUAAAGCCCGCAGAGCUCCGAGGCGGCCGCCACUUCUCCGAGUCGGAGCCAUGGCGACAACAGCUCAGUACAUCCCGCGGAGUAACUCCUUGCCGUCCAACCCGCUCAUGCACCCGGACUCGGACCGCAUGCACCAGGGGACCACCUACCGGGAGGUGCAGAAAAUGAUGCACCACGAGUACCUGCAGGGGCUGGCGGCCACCAACACGGGACACCCGAUGAGCCUGACGCACCACCAGUGGCUGCCGGCGUCCAACGGCGACUGGUCCGGCGGCACGCACCUGGGCCAGCAGGAGCACAAAGGCAGCGUGGUGGGGGCGAGCCGCGAGGACCUGGCGGCCGCCGGCUUCCACCACAGAGCGCACCUGGUGCACCAACAGCCGCCGGGCGCCCACCACGGCGCCUGGGCGGCGGCGGCGGCCGGCGCGCACCACCUGUCCCCGCUGUCGCCCGGCGGCGGCGGCGGCGGCGGACACCACCACCAGGCUCUGCUCUACUCGCAGCCCGGCUACACGAACCUGAACGCCAUGCUGGGGAGCCCCCAGCCGGGCGCCCUGCACCACGGCAUGCGCGAGCCGCUCCACGACGACGCGGCGGCGGUGCACGACGGCCACAUGGAGUCCCCGCAGCAGGCCUUCGGCCACCACCAGGAGCACUCGGACGAGGACGCGCCCAGCUCCGACGACCUGGAGCAGUUCGCCAAGCAGUUCAAGCAGCGGCGCAUCAAGCUGGGCUUCACGCAGGCGGACGUGGGCCUGGCCCUGGGGACGCUGUACGGCAACGUCUUCUCGCAGACCACCAUCUGCCGCUUCGAGGCGCUGCAGCUGAGCUUCAAGAACAUGUGCAAGCUGAAGCCGCUGCUGAACAAGUGGCUGGAGGAGACCGACUCCAACACGGGCAGCCCCACCAACCUGGACAAGAUCGCCGCGCAGGGCCGCAAGCGCAAGAAGCGCACCUCCAUCGAGGUGGGCGUCAAGGGGGCGCUGGAGAACCACUUCCUCAAGUGCCCCAAGCCCUCGGCGCACGAGAUCAGCACUUUGGCCGGCACGCUGCAGCUGGAGAAGGAGGUGGUGCGCGUUUGGUUUUGCAACCGGAGACAGAAGGAGAAGCGCAUGACGCCCGUCGGGGUCCCGCACCCCAACAUGGACGACGUAUAUUCCCAAGCCGAGACCCCCCCGCUGCACCGCUCGCUGCACAGCCCCGUGCAGUGACCCGCCGGACGAGCCCGACCGUCGUCGUCCUCGUCGCCCGCCCCGCCCCGCCCCGCCGCCGCGCGGGCUCCUCUCCUCGCUCGACGAACAAGGGGGACUUUGUGGAGUUUACACCAAGGUUCAGACUUGUUUUUUUUUUUUUUUUAACUUGGCAUCGGGGACAACAAAUGUUGAAAAAAAUAAACCACACGCACGCGCACAGCUAGCGACAAAUAUUUCAUUGAAUGCGAGACGAAGAUUUAUUGACCAAAUUAAAGCGGAGGGGAUGGAAGGAGACUCGGCAUCUCUUCACUCCCUUUUGGGGGAACCUGAACGCAUCACACGCCUGCAAAAAAAAAAAAAAAACGAAAAAAACCACUGGAGGUGAAAAGU